AUGCAUCAAAGAAUUCAUACAGAGAGGAAACCGUACCAGUGCUGGAAAUGCAGUAAAAGCUUCAGUCACAGAACUAGCCUUACUUCCCAUCAAAUAAUUCACACACGGGAAAAACCGUACCAGUGCACGAUAUGUGGGAAAAGCUUCAGUCACAGAACUAGCCUUACUUCCCACCAAAGAACCCAUUCUGGUGAGAAACCAUAUAAAUGCCAGGAAUGUGGGAAACACUUCAGUCAGAGCUCAGGCUUGACUUUGCACCAAAGACUCCACACUGGAGAAAAGCCAUAUAAAUGCUUGGAGUGUAGACAAAGUUUCAGUUGCGGAAAAAGCCUUACUUCCCAUCAAAGAAUUCACACAGGGGAGAAACCUUACAAAUGCUUGGAGUGUGGAAAAAGCUUCCGUCACAGCACAGGCCUCACUUUCCAUCAAAGAAUUCACACAGGGGAGAAACCUUACAAAUGCUUGGAGUGUGGAAAAAGCUUCUGUCAGAGUACAAGCCUCACUUCCCAUCAAAGAAUUCACACAGGGCAGAGGCCGUAUGAGUGUUUGGAGUGUGGAAAAAGGUUCCGUCACAACACAAGCCUCACUUCCCACCAGAGAAGCCACUCCGGAGAGAAACCAUACCAGUGCACCAUAUGUGGGAAAUGCUUCCGUCAGGGAUCACACCUUACUUCCCACAAAAGAACCCAUACUGGUGAGAAACCAUUUAAUUGCCAGGAAUGUGGGAGAGGCUUCAGUCAGAGCUCACACCUGACUAUACACCAAAGCCUCCACACAGGAGAAAAGCCAUAUAAAUGCUUGGAGUGUGGAAAGAGUUUCAGAAUCAACUCACAUCUUAAAGUGCAUGAAAGAAUCCAUUCAGGGGAGAAGCCAUAUAAAUGCCUGGAUUGUGGGAAAAGCUUCAAUCAAACUACAAGCCUUAAUAUGCAUAAAAGAAUUCACACAAGAGAAUAG